AUGCAGCAGUGGUGGUGGCUCCUGCUUGGGUUGUGGAUGGCCCUGCCUACCUGGGCUGGGGACAAGCUGCUCAACAUCUGCAUGAAUUCCAAACACCACAAGAGGGAGCCAGGUCCUGAGGAUGAGCUCUAUGUGGAGUGCGAGCCCUGGAAGGACAAUGCCUGCUGCACCGCCACCACAAGCUGGGAAGCCCACCUGGAUGUGUCCCCACUCUACAACUUCAGCUUCUUUCACUGCGGAUUGUUGACCCCAGAGUGUCAUAAGCAUUUCAUUCAAGCCAUCUGCUUCUAUGAGUGCUCCCCAAACCUGGGCCCAUGGAUCCAGCUGGUGGGCCCCAAUGGGCCAGGACAGCGAGCCAUGGGUGUGCCAUUAUGUCACGAGGACUGUGAGCAGUGGUGGGAAGACUGCCGCACAUCCUACACUUGCAAGUCUAACUGGCAUGAUGGUUGGGACUGGAGUCGGGGGAGGAACCGCUGCCCUGCAGGGGCACCCUGCCGCCCAUUCCCCCACUACUUCCCCACCCCAGCUGAUCUGUGUGAGAAGAUUUGGAAUAACACAUUCAAGGCGAGCACAGAGCACCAGGGCAGUGGUCGGUGUCUCCAAAAGUGGUUUGAGCCCACACAGGCCAACCCCAACGUGGCCGUCGCCCGCCUCUUUGCCAGUCCUGCCCCAGCUUGGAAGCUCCCCUCCACCCUUGUGGGCUUCUCUGUGUUCCUGCCGUUCCUUCCCUAA